GAGAUACUCGUAGCACUCGUUGUGUUUCCCCUCACAGCAACAACAACAGCAACAACAACAAAAAUAAAAGACAAAAGACAAAAAAAUACUAUGACCAUACGUGACUGUGUUGGCAAAUUAUUUUUAAUAUCGUGGAAGAACCACAAGAUACAAUUGUCGAGACCCUGGGAGGUGCUAUGGAUUGUGUUUGCGCCAGUGAUGCUCUGCUUCGUCGCUGUGGUCAUGCGCUGGAUAAUGGAGGUGGAUAUGCGGGUGGACAGUGUGUACGAUCCGAUCGAUCUGGACCGCAGCUGGAUGGAGCUGAUGGAUACACUGGCGGAGCGCCAGAAGAUCGCCAAAGAGUACGGCAAGGAGAACAAUCCGUUCAUUCCAAAGCUGUUGAUCGGCUGGGCACCCGAAGAGUUCAAUAUUUUCGAAGAGACCAUCACACAGAGCCUCAAGAAGCUGAAGCCACUGACGGCGCUCAGGUUCAAGGACUGCGACCAGCUGCGAAAAGAAGUGCGAAGUAAGUACCUCUUCGCUGGCAUCUGUUUCGAUGAGGGGCCCUUCGAUACGGAAUACGAGUUCGUUGAGGGCUUCCUGGCGCCCACGGACCUCAUCCAGCCGGUGCUCAACUACUCGAUUCUGUUCCCCAGCGAGCUGCGGAUCAUCAAUGACAGCUUCAUCAGCGCCAAUUGGAUGACAAACUACCUGGACGAUCAAUCGGCCACCGUGCAGGAGCGUCUCGAUCGGCCGUACUGCGGCGGCUAUGUGGGCUACGUUCGCGAGGGCUUCAUCCAGAUGCAGAAGGUCAUCAGUGAGACAUUCCUGGCCAUCGUUAGUCGCAGUACGCUGCCCGAAAUCCAGCUGCGUCGCUUCCCCAUCAUCGGGCGCAGGCAGGAUCCCCUGUUGCUCUACCUGGAUCGGGGUCUGGCCCUGCUCUUCAUCAUUGGCUUCCUGUUUCCCUGCCAAAUGUUAGUCCAUCAGGUGGUAACCGAGAAGCAUUCACAGCUGCGUUUGUUCAUGAUCAACAUGAAUAUCGGCAAUACGAUACACUUUAUUUCGUGGUACUUCAAGGGUGUCUUCUAUAUGCUCUUUACCUCUCUGUUGAUUACGCUGCUGUGCAAGAUACACUGGAGGAAUGACCAUGGAGUCCUCACGGAGACCCCCUGGCAUGUUCUACUACUGAUACUCGUUUGCUACAAUCUGGCUGGUAAUGCGUUUGCAAUGAUGGUCUCUGCCUUCUUUAAGCACCCCUUGAAUGCCGUCCAUGUGCUGACUGUCCUGUGGAUUGUCACGUACAUGCCGUUCUUUGUGCUGUGGAACAAUCCGGAGCAGAGACUGCAGGCCCUGCGCUACAUGUCCUAUGCGCUGCCCAACUGUGUGUUGGCCAAGGUGAUCGAGACGCUGGUGGAGCGGGAGCUGAUCUUCCACAAGAAGUGGUCUGACCGCGGCUUCGAGCUGAUCUUCUCCACCGAACCGAUGAGCGUCAACAAGAGCGCGUGGGUGUUUGCGGCCGCAGCGCUGGUUUACUGCAUCAUUGGCCUCUACAUGGACAUGUGGAAUGCCACCGAGAUGGCCAACAAGCGAAUGAAGCGUCCAACGCGGGGCGGCAGCAUGCCCGAUGACUUUCAGAACGAGCGACCCGAGAGUUUCACGCACCAGGGCACCACCAUUGGUGUGAACUCCACGAAGAUCUACGAGGUGGAGCCCUCGCAUCGACGCUUCAAGCUGAAGAUCAAGAAACUGUGCAAGCGAUUCGGGUCCAGCGAUCAUGCGGCUCUCAAUCUGUUCACGUGGAACGUCUACGAGAACGAAGUGACCAUCCUCAUGGGCCACAAUGGCAGCGGCAAGACGACGCUGCUGAGGAUACUCGCCGGUCUGUUGGAUCCCAAUCGGGGAUCGGUCAUGAUCUCCACGCAUGACAUUGAAACGGAGCGAAUGGCCGCCUCUGCGGAGCUGGGUGUCGCCCUGAACAACGAUCUCCUGCUGCUCGAUCUGAGUGUCAUCGAUCACAUCCACUUCGUGUGCCAGGUGCGGGGCAUGCACGAGAAGAGCCAGAUUGUGGCGCAGGCGAACUUCUACAUGCAGGCAAUGAAGAUCACCCAUCUGAAGAGCCGCAAGGUGGGGCAGCUCAGCGACCCAGAGCGGUGUCUCUUCAGUGUGUGUUGCGCCUUCCUCGGCGAUUGCUCCAUCGUCCUGAUCGAUGAUAUACACUCGGAUCUGGACAAGCCCACACAGUCGCUCAUCUGGGGCCUCAUCAACGAGGAGAAGUCGCGACGCACCAUUAUUUUAGUUACAAACUCCUCAACUCUGGCAGAGACAAUGGCCGAUCGUCUGGCGAUCAUGGCCAAUGGGGAACUCAAGUGCACCGGCACAAGGACUUUCCUGAAGAAUAUGUACGGACAUGGAUAUCGAUUGACCUGCGUGAAGGGCAAGAACUGCAACGUGAAUCAACUAUACACGAUGUUGAGCGCAUACAUGCCACACCUGACCAUCGAGAGUGACAUUGGGCUGAAGGUGACCUUUGUGCUGGAGAACAAGUACGAGGAUAUGUUCACAUCCCUUUUGGAUGAGCUCGAACAGAAUAUGGAGGAGUUCGAUGUGGUGAGCUUUCGCAUCAGGGACACCUCCAUGGAGGAGAUCUUUCUGCGCUUCGGCUGCGAGCAAAACGAUCAGCCGGGUGGCGGCCAGAUGAUCAACAAUCACAGCCUCGUCGUUGAGGAUUACUAUGCCGUGCUGGCGGCUGUCAAGCAAAAGGAAAAGAUCACCGGCUGGCGGCUGUUUUUGCUGCAAAUGAAGGCCCUCCUCUACAAGCGAUGGAUCGUGGCCCGGCGAUCAUGGAUUAUCAGGAUAGUGGAUGCAUUGGUUCUCGCCAUAGCCCUCUGUUGCACCUUUGCGGCCAUUCUAAUGUAUGGCAAGAGCUUUUCGCUGCUGCCGCUGACAUUCAACCUGACGGUGCUGCACAGCAUCGAGGCGUUUGCGGAGACGCUCACGCAGGGAUCCAAGGAUGUGACCGGCAUGCAUGGCUACUACACGGAGCUGCUCUACUGGUAUGACGGUCAUGUCGAUCUGCUCACCAAGGAAGUCGACGGCAAGUCCCAUCUGCUGCACAACAGCGAUUUUGCGCAGAAUGUCAACUUCCGUUUCCUGUUUGGGGCGACAUUCAGCGAUAAGCUGGUGACGGCAUGGUUCAACAAUAUACCACUGCACACGGCCCCAUACAGCCUGAAUGCGGUGCACAAUGCGGUGGCCAGACAAAUCUUCGAUGAGGAGGCCACCAUGGAUGUGAGCCUGUGGCCAGUGCCCUUUCACACGAACAUCAAUACCUUUGCCCAGGCGUCGCUCACCUUGGGCAGCCUCCUGGCCAUCAACAUCACGUUCGUGCUGAGCUUUGUGUGGCCAAGCAUCUCGAUGUUUCUCGUCCGCGAGCGGGCCAGCACGAUGAAGAAGCAACAGUUUCUGGCCGGCGUCAGGCUGCACACCUUCUGGCUGGGCUAUAUCCUCUUUGAUUGUGUGCUGCUCUUGAUUCUGGUGCUCUCUGUUAUCACCUGUGUGGCCAUCUAUCUGCAUCCACACCAUGAUAUCCACCUUUACAUUUUCCUUACGUUGACACUUGUGCUUUUGGGUCUGGCCGUGAUGCUGACCACCUAUGUGGUAUCGGAGCUGUUUGGUCAUCCCCUGCAUGGCUUUGUCACGAUCUGCCUGUGGAACUCCCUGGGCAUUAUCAUCUUCAAUAUUGUGGUAUCGAACAAUAUGGAGAAUCUGCCCGAUUGGUUUCAGCUGCACAUCCAAUACACCUCCGCCGAAAUGAUCUACAAGCUGUUCAUGAUCAACGAGUACAGACUGUACUGCCAAGAUCCAGAUGUCAAUUUUCUAUCCACAAAGGUGCUGCGCUGCGAGAGUUUUCCCAAUUGUUGCAUCAACUAUCAUUACUUUAUGAAGGAGCAUGGCAUCGCCUUUGAGUUCUCAAUGAUGGUGCUGCACAUUCUGCUGCUUUUAUGCCUCCUUGAGGGCGCGGAAUUCUAUACAGUUCUCGCCUUUGGCUUCUGCAGGCGCAAAAUUCCCGAAGAGUGCCGCAUUUCGGCGGACAGCACGCCCAGGCCCACGCUCAAGGAUGCCACGGCUGUGGAUGCCUCUGUGAUCUCGGAGCGGAAUCACAUUGCCCAAAUGGAAGAGGAGGAGCGAAAGGAGUAUUCCCUGAUCAUUCACAAUCUGGGCAAGCGCCGCAGAAAGCGCUACCUCAUCGAUCGAUUGGAUCUGCGCAUAGGCAAGACCGAAUGCGUCUGCCUGAAUGGCUACAACAGUUCGGGAAAGACGACCUUCCUGAGGCUCCUGUUGCAGGAGACGCGCGCCUCCUGUGGUCGCAUUUGGGUGCGGGGCUACUCCAUGGCCCGGAAGCGCCUCCAAUGCUACCGCAGAAUGGGCUACUGUCCGCAGAACGACAACCUGCCGGGUGAGUUCACGCCCAUGGAACUGAUGUACAUCCAGGUCCAGCUGCAGGGCCAUUCCUACGAUGUGGCCAAGGACGUGAUCGAGGGCCUGAUGCGGAUGAUGGGUCUCCAGAGCUGCUGCAAUCUGCCCAUUCAGUACUGCACGACGGGCCAGUGGCGUCGCCUGCACUUCGCCCUGGCCAUUCUCGGCUCACCGGCAUUCAUCUGCGUGGAUGGGGUGCCGGCGGGCAUCGAUCCGGCGGGCAAGAGGACGAUCUUCACCAUCACCUCGUACAUGAUGGCGCGUGGCAGUAGCUUUCUGUUCACCAGCCUCCUGCCGCUGGACAGCGAACGGCUGUGCCAGCGUACGCCCGUCCUCUACGACGGCCAGCUGUGGGCCAUCGGUUCGUAUGAGGAGCUGAGCGACAACUACAAGAACGGCUACCAGGUGGAGGUGCGCUUCAAGCGCAAGGCCAAUCCGAACGUCAGUCUGACGCGCAGCACAUGGAAUCGCAUCGGCCAGAUACCCAUGUCGCCGCACAAGAAACUGUCCUCGUUCAUGGAGCUCAAGUUCCCACGCGCAACGCUCCACGAUGAACAGAGCGACUCAAUGAUCUUCCAUAUGCCACUGGAAUCGACCAGCUUCUCGCAGAUAUUCCUCAGCCUGCGCAAGGAUACGUUUGAGCUGAAUAUUGAGGACUUUUUCGUUACCCGCAAUAUGGUCAUUGGGUUGCAUGUCUAUCUGUUUGAUCGCGGCAGCCGAAGGUAUACCCCAACGUCCAUUACGAACUCCACAUAAUUCCAUUGACUACCUAAAUAUAAACGUACAUAUUUUUGGGGAAACA